UCAGGAGGCUGACAAGACCAGUGCGGAGACGCAUGUGCCGUCAGUCCUCCAGUGGUAGUCACUAGCAAGAAUGACAGUGAGAAACGCUUAGCAAGAACCAUCCGAUGAGAAGGAUGGACAAGAGUCGUGAGGGUGAGCGGGGGGAAAAAUCCCGUGGAGGCUUGCCUCCGGGAAUGGACCCAGCCACUGCUGCACUCUAUGCUCCAUGGCUACACCAAGAGCAGGCAUUACUCUCCAACAUGUUUGGGGGUAGUGGGGCCCUGGGUGCAUAUGGAGCUGCUGCUGCUGCCGGACUCUCAGGAUGGGGAGGGUUGCCCCAUGGUUACCCACCAACCAGUACAGCUGCAGGCUUGGUUAGUUUGGCAGCUGCACAACAAGCACAGCAAGCUGCUGCACUGGCUAGUCUUGGACCAGCAGCAGCUGCCUACCAGGACAGAGCAAUGGGAGAUCAACAUAACCGGUACAACCAAAGUGGUUUGAGAAGUGGAGCUGCUGUGCACUCAUAUGAUCGAAAUUUCUCCGAUUCUACAGCAGCUUGGUGGAACAUUGCUGGACUGCAACAGAUGGAACUUCUGUCCAGGUUGCAGGGUGGCCUUGGUGGUAGCAGUGGACAAGCUGGAGCAGCAGCUGCAGUUGCUGCUGCCACAGGGGGACUUGGGGGCUAUGGGGGAUUGCAUCCUGAACACCUCAUGAACCUGGAGAUCCUUCAAGCACAACAUGCAGCAGCCAUGGCAGCAGCUCUUUCUACAAGCAAGAGCUCAAGUAGCAGUUCAAAAGCCUCUAAAAGUAGUAAGAGUGUUAGUAGCAGCAGCAACAGCUGCAGCAGCAGCAACAGCAAAGGUAUAACUAGCACCCUUAGCUACAGAGGUUCUGCUGCGACAACCACCACAACUUACUCCAGUAGAGGGCACGAACCAUCUAGUAACAGCAGUCGCUCCAGCCUAGAAAUCAGUCGUCUGGCAUCCUCCUCACACUCCUCGUCUUCCAACACUAGCAGACCUUCAAACUACCCUUAUAGUACUUCAUCAUCACAUCGCUACAGUUCGCCUCUUUCGGUCCUUGAAAGUGUAUCUUCACACCAUUCCGAACUGGGAUCAUCACCGAGCCUCUCCUAUGGCAUCGCUAGUCUCAUAGCUGAUAAACACCCAUCAUCCCACCAUAAGUCUCACUCUUCUUCAUCUUCAGCCAACAGUUCCUCAACACAGGCAGAGCGGGUUGCCGAAAAACUGGCAAGUAAUGGGAGUGUGUCCAUCUCCAAGGCCAUCCGAAACAAGGAAUUAGAAAUUAUUCCCAUCUCGCCGGCUGUAAAGGGGAGCUCCCAGUCCCAUGGUAGCACGCCACCUCAUCGAGACAAGUCUGAGCCCAAGGUGUCCAUAUCAACGGUUGGUUCUGGAAACUCUCGUCUGUCAAAUGGUGUUCCGAGCAGUGGAUCCUGGCGUGAGGAAUGUGCGAGCGUAUCCAUAGAACCAUGUGGGUCUGGGACUCCAACAUCUACAGAUGAUGCACCGCUAAACCUCUCCAUGAAAGCGCCGUUAUCAUCAAAAUCUUCAUCCAAAGGUGCAGACAAGAGAGAGCUAAAGGAAUCCCACACCAGUCCCCUGAGUCUUUCUCGAAGUGGAGUGCCGCCCUUUGACUUCUCACAAAACCUCAGUGGAGGCCUUGGCUCAGGCCUCCCUCCUAGUCUAGAAGUUCUUCAAAGUCUGUAUGGCCAGCCUGGGGAGCCACGGGACGUCCUAGCCUCCAUGCAAGAGGCUCUUCAACGGCAACUUCUAGGAGCAGACGGGAAGAGGGAAGAGAAAAAGAAAAGGAGGGACAAGACUCACGAGCAGUGUAUUUAUCAGAUGGAGGAUGCUCAGGAACGGGCGCGGCACCUAGGUCGAGGAGUCUCCAAACCGAAGAAAAACACAGUCGCAUCAUUACUGGAACAGUGUCGUGCAGCAGGCAUUAAGCCUUCAAGCCUACCUCUGCCUCCUACUACCUCCAUUGCUGCCACUCCAGUCACUACCUCUCCUCCCUUACUUGUGGCAUCUUCACGUUCGGGGGAAUCUCUGUCCAUCACUUCCACGUCUCCAACAUUCAAUUCAUCAUCAUCUCCUUCUCCAGCAUCACAGUCUCUUCCGCCUACCCUAAUCCCUGGACUGCCUGCAAAUCUACCUUCAUCAUUGUCUGCCUCCAUUGGGUCACCUGCACCUCCCCCUCCCAUACCCACUCCUCCAGUGCCCUCCCUUUCAAUAUCUGCAGUUGCGUCUUCUCCGCCUGCAUCUUCCGAACCUUCCACUACCACCAUCUCCUUGAGUACAACCUCUACCUCCUCUGUUACUUCGACACCCAUGACCACCUCAUCUUGUACCUCAUCUUCCACUUCACCGCCAUCUACUCCGUCUACUCAGCCUUUGGUGACCAUUACCUCAUCAGCGUCCACCUCUCUCCCUGUGUCUCUUCCACCUGCCUUGUCUCUCUCUUCCUCUGUUAGCAUUACUUCUGUAACUCCAGAGACCACCAUGACAUCAAUACUCAACAAGCCAAGUGUCACAAUCCACCCAACCACAUCAAGUGCUGAUACCCAAGACAUAGAAAAAGAUUCUGGGGAGAUGGAAAAUUCGGUUGAUAUUCUGGCAAUCAGUCGGGCACAUGAAAAUGGAGGUGACAAGCCAGUAAAGAAACGACACAUGAUCACUUCUAGUAGUGUGGACGGGCGCCUCAUCACCACCAUCAAAGCUGCCACAGGUGCCUUGGAUUCAUCCGAGCUCAGUGAUUCUGAAUCAGAAGAUGAAUCUACAUCACUAUCCUCCAUUGAUGAUGAAACCAUGAAUCACUUACCCUCACCGUGGUUAAAACGUGAUACACCAGAUUCCUCUUCAGUUUACAGGGAAUCUCCACCUACCAAGAAACGAAAGAUGAUAACAGAUGAAGUUUCACUUCGAGUGCCCCUGAUGUAUGGUUGGCGGCGAGAGACGACUAUGCGAACUAUUACCCAAUCUGGAGUUCGUGGGGAAGUGAUUUACUAUGCCCCAUGUGGAAAACCAUUUCGUCAGUAUCCUGACAUUAUGAGGUACCUGGAGAAGAAUGGUAUAACAGAAGUAACAAGAGAUAACUUCAGUUUUUCAAGUAAAAUUCCUAUUGGAGAUUAUAUUGAUGCUAAUACCCAAAAACGCCACUCUGAAGGUGAAGUCCGUGACAGUAUUCAACAAAUUCGUGAGCAGAAAGGGUACAAACCAAUGCGUAAAAAUGAUUUCUUUUUGCCUAUUAGGGAUGGUCGAGAUGCCCUUGAAAUAGAAGCUGAAGCUAUUCUCCGAAGACUAGAGGCUGAAGAAGAGGCCGAGAAAGCACGCAAAGAAUUUAUUACCCAGCUUGAAGAACAACAACAAUUAAGCUGGCCUGCUGACCUUUUCGGACUGACCCAACAAGACGUGCGAGAUGGAAUACAGAGAGAGCAAGAGCGAGUAAAGAAACAGGAGGAGCUGCGGCGAGAAAAAGAGGACCUUCGUAAACAAAGAGAAGAGGAGAAUCGACAGAGGUUAUAUGAACAACUUAGAAAAGCCCAGGAAAGAGAACAAGAAAAGCAGAAACAAAAAUUACUGAAAGAGCAGUUGUAUCUACAGGAGCUCAACAAACAACGUGAAAUGCUCUACACUCUUGAGCUGGAGCGUGAAAGACGGAGAUAUCAUGGCGUGUUAGUACGAGCCCUCGAAUCAAGAAAGAGAUAUGAAGAGAGAGAAAGACGAAGAGAAGAGAUGAAAGAAGAGAAGAGAGCAAACAGAGAAAGGAAACGAGAAGAACGCCUUCAAGCUCGGGAACUCAAUCAGUUAAUGAAGGAAGUAAAGGAGGACAUGGAACUUACUGAUCACAUUCCUCUGCCAGAUGCUCCACGUUUAGAAGGGCUGCGACUCCCUCCUGAAGCCUUUGGAAAUAUUCUAAUGGUGUUCGAGUUCUUGCAUAACUUUGGGGAGACUUUAGGCUUCGACAUGGAAUCACUACCCUCCAUACAGAGCCUCCAGAUGGCCCUCUUGAAUGACAGUGAAAGUGAAGAGGAACUUCUGAGUGUUCUUUCUCACUUACUUGUUUGUGCCAUUGAAGAUCCUGGGAUUCCCUCUUCUCAAAGACACACUACAAUAUUAGGUCAAACUCUAAAUAGAGCAGACAUUACCCAUGCUAAUAUUUCAGAGAUUUUGCGGGUCUACCUUAAUGCCAAUGCGACAGGGGAGGUUCGUGUUAUUCAUGGGCUCUUAGGUACUGAAAAGGAACGUCGUGAGAAUCCUAAAAAAGCACAAGAUUGGGAUUCAAAAUUAGCAGAGAUGGAUGCAUACAAGAUGUCUCAGUGGCUAAUGCAACUACCCUUCCUAGCACUUAACCCAACACAGAAGAGUGAGAUUGUCGCAUACGUUUGCAAUGAACUUCUCCAAAACAAAGCUGUAGUAAGGCAAAUUGAGGACUCUUUGGAUAGACACAAUGGCCUCAAAACAGAAAAGUGGAAACUAGAUGCCCGAAUAAGAAAACUCCGCAUGAGUGUAGCAAGAAAAAGGAUCUACAAUGCUGCAAUGAGAUCAAUGAUGGAGCACCGAGGGGAAGACUCAAAUAUGUCAAGUGUGUCAGCCAUCUCUUCUUGCCUAGGGGAACAGGAUAAAGUAGAGAAGAAAGACAAGGAAGAUGACAAGUUGAAAGAGGAGGAGGAGGAAGAAGAGGAGGAUGAAAAUGAAAGUGGGAAUGAUAGUGAUGCAAUGGAGGAAAUUCCUGAUGAGGUAAAGGAGGAUGACAAGCAUCUAAGUGCAGAUGAUGCAUCCAAGACACUGGAUCUUCUUCAGCGACAGAUGAAUCAAGUUAGACAAGAUCUGUUUGAGACGGCCCAGCAAGUCCGUGGCUUCAACUGUGGACAAGAUAGAUAUCAGCGCACAAUGUGGGUGUUGCCACAUGCUGGAGGUCCUUUCUUAGAGGGCCUCACGUCAUGUGACUACACCGGACGUGAUCACUUUCCCAUCUCUGUGCCUCCUUCUGCUGCAAAAGUAGGAUAUUCCAUUGAAGAGGUAAAUGCCAAACUACAGGAGGCCAGAGCAAUAAAAGAUAAACAAAUAAAAGAGGAGAGAAAGGCAAAGAGGGAAAUAAAAGAAGAGCCAUUUGUGAAGGAGGAAAAGAUGGAUACUGAUAUUGUAAAAACUGAAGCUGAAGUGAAAAUAGAAAAAAAAGAUGAUAAUUUUAUUGAAAGUGACGAUAAAGAAAGUAUUGAUAUGAAGCCCCUAAAUGGCCAGGUGAAAGAAGAAGAUAGUGAAGUGCCUGAUAUUCCACAGCGAACUGAAAAAAAUAAGGAAGAAAUAAAAAAGAAAGAGGAUAUAAAAAAUUCUGAUAGUCAAAAUGGGUUAAGUGAAUCUAAAGCCAAUGGAAACACAAACAGUGACGUGUAUUCUUCAUUAAUAAAUGCUGGACUUAAUCCAUUCAUGAUAAAUGGUUUAAAAGAAGGGAAUAACUCAAACAGUAAUGAGGGUAUUGAUCAAAAUCUACUUGCAACAGGCUUAGGCCUAGUACCUGGCCAAUAUCUAAGAACAGAACAUGUUGCACAAAGGGAAAAAUUAAGCUUUAGUCUUUUACCACGUAUCCCAUGUGAUGUGUCAUCCCUUGAAGCGCUACCUACUGGGCAGACCCCACAGGGCACACCAAGAGGUUCCCCACGGGAAGCCUCACCAUUCUCAAGAUUUAGUGGACCACAGAGCCCAGUCUCAGGUGUUCCUCAAGUCUCCUGUAAUACUCCAGGACCAGUUAGCACUCCAGGGACAGUUGACACUCCAGGAGCAUUUAGCACUCCUGGUAUGCUGAGCACUCCUGGAGUAUUGAGUACCCCAGGGAUGAUGAGCACUCCAGGAUCAAUAAACACUCCAGUAGGGUUAAACACACCAGUAACAGCUAAUAGCACUCCAGGGAUGGUGAACAGCCUGCCUGGAACUAUGAGCACUUCGGAAUUUGGGUCCACGCCUGGAGUGCUAAACACGCCAGGAAGUGUACAAAGUUUACCGCACAAAGAGCUGUUAGAGAGACUACAUCAAACAGCAGAAGCUUUACCAAUUCCAGAAGAGUACAAAAUGGGGUGGUGGCACCUGGGAGACUUUGAGCAGCUGCGUGAAAUGAUCAAUGCAUUAAACGAGAGAGGUGUACGAGAACGAGAGCUGAAGCGCUUCAUAGAGAAGAACUUUACUAUUGUAAAGAAUGCUCUUUCAAAAAUUGAUUCUGAAGCUGUGACCCUGGAUCCUGAGGCUGAGGAUGGUGAGAAAGUUGUGUAUGAUGAACAUGGCACCCCUGUGGCUGAUGAACCUUCCCAUUGGUUACCUGACAUUGCUCUCAAAGUGGAUUUUCUCAUCCUAGAUACUGUGUAUGCAAUGGAGGAAAAAAUAACCAAUGCAUCCAUGCAGAAUAAGAGUUGGCGCCUAGGUGAUAGUGGAGACAAACAUGUUGGAGAAUUUCGUGCAUCUUGUCUUCAGCCAGUGGAUGAGAAUGAUACUCGCCUUAAUCCCAUCCAUGUUGGCAGGGAUAGACUUUUAGCACUCGAAGAAGGGAUUGAGAGAAGAUAUCUUAAACCGCCAUUAGGAGUGCCACCCAACCCAAAGAAUGAAGGGUGCACACAGGAGACAAAGGAAUCACCAAAGGGUUUACAGAUAUGGAGAGAAGCAGUAAGCAAAUCUGAAACUGCUGCUCAACUAGCAAUGUGUACAUAUAUGUUGGAAACAGCAGUUGCUUGGGAUAAGAGUAUAAUGAAAGCUGAAACAUCAAGUGAUUCACUCUUUUCAUCUGGACAGUACUGCCAGUUCUGCCAUAGUGGAGACCAUGAGGAGAAGCUGCUUCUCUGUGAUGGCUGUGACAAGGGUUAUCACACCCACUGCUUUAAACCACCCAUGAACAACAUUCCUGAUGGUGACUGGUAUUGUUAUGAGUGUGUGAAUAAGUUCAGUGAUACUUCACAGCGGCACUGUUUAGUGUGUGGAGGGACAGAAGGGCGAACUUUAGUUCACUGUUCUAUUUGUCCCAGAGCAUAUCACACCGCCUGUAUAACUCCUAACCUAGCCAAGGUACCACGAAACAAAUGGGUCUGUCCUGCAUGCACAAGUAAAAGUCCAAGAGGAAGACGAGGAAGAGCAAAGAAAGUCAGCGAGAGUAACAAUUCUUCUGUUUCUGCCAAUACAAAUGCAUCAACAGAUGCCACAGCAGAUGUCCUUGAGGAUUCUCAAGGUGUCAUUUCUCCUGCCACUACAUCCAAAAAGGAGCGUGCCAAUAAAAAGAAAGAACAGAAGGACUUAAUAGCAUGUAAAAGUAUUAUAUCGGAGUUGGAGGUUCAUGAAGAUGCCUGGCCAUUUCUGUUGCCUGUUAACACUCGGCAAUUUCCAACCUACAAAAAAAUCAUCAAGAAGCCCAUGGAUCUCUCAGCCAUUAAGAAGAAGCUGGAUGAUAAUACGUAUAAGACCCGGGAAGAAUACUGUGAUGAUCUGCGUCUAAUGUUCAAUAACUGUGAGACAUUUAAUGAAGAUGAUUCUCCUGUUGGCAAGGCCGGCCAUAACCUCCGAUCCUUCUUUGAAACUAAGUGGAAUGAAAACUUCCCACCUACAUAAGGUAGACGCCAGGAAGGAAGAAAUCUUGAGGAAAAAUUUAGCAUUUGAUGAUCACUGAAUAACCACAAGUGUUAUAAAAGCAAAAAAUUACUUUUUUAUAUUUUCUAUUGUGAAAUUGGAUUCAAUAGUGGACUGUAAGAUACAAAAUUUAGAAAAUAGAUGUACAGUAUGUCCAUAUAUGCUAAGUUUUAUGGCAUGUUUAAAGUGGUUUUAUAUAUAUAUAUAUAUAUAUAUAUAUAUAUAUAUAUAUAUAUAUAUAUAUAUAUAUAUAUAUAUAUAUAUAUAUAUAUAUAUAUAUAUAUAUAUAUAUAUAUAUAUAUAUAUAUAUAUAAAGGAGAUGGAUUCAUCGUAUGUAUAAACCAAAGUAAAGAAAAUGUUACAAUUAUCCUGUGUAGUACAAUUUGUUAAUUGGCAAGAGACUUACUACACAGACACUGUGUAAGUGCAACUUCGAAACUAGCUGUAAUAUGUGCAGCUUGAAACAAAAGUGAUAUCAUAGGAACUACAGAAGCCAUAAUAGUGGUGGUGAAGGACAACUUGACUACUCAGAGACUACAGAUAGAGCUGCAGAAGGCUCAUCACUUAUGUGUGUUUCUGUAGGGUCCUGUAGGAGUCUUAUACUGGGCUCUCUCUUUCCUAUUCCAAAGACUCAAGUGUUUGAGUGUGAAUGCAUGAACAAAUAAAAAGAGUGGAUUAGUUACUCGUCUGAAGUGUUUAUGACAGUGUAGAUAUAUGGACCUUUUUUACCAAUUAUCAUGGAGCACUUUUUUUUUUUUUUUUCCUGUGUAGAGCAGCUAUACAUGCUUCUGCCAGAUGUUCAAGUACAGUUUUUAAUAGUAAGGUCAGGUAGAAUUUUUUAUAUAUGGCAUUAAAGAACUGCAUAAGUGAUGUAGCAUUUUACAUAAACCUUCCAUUGAGUAUGUAAGAUGUAAAUGGUAAUAGCAGUACAUGUACAGAGAAUUUGUUCAAUGUAUAUAAAUGGUGAGCGUGAAAGAGUUAGCUAGUGAGUGAAUAACUACAAAAUACCGAAACCCUUCCCAUAACACUGAAUCUGAUGACCUUCCUAUCAAUUUCUAAACCAUGUUUGAUAAAAAGGAGAAAAAGCACUAGAAUGUAGUAACAAGUUUGAAGGUCAAUAUAUGGUGGUUGAUAAGUGGCCUUUGUUGAUUGCUGUGCAGUGGAAGGUAACACAUGUCUUGAGGUGCACAAUUUUAUGUGAAUAUAAUGGAGAAAUGUUUAUUAACAGAGAGUUAAUCAUGUAAGAAAUACACAAACAAUUUAUGAAGUGUGCUUUAAAUGUGGAUUUUUUUUUUAGUUGAUGACUACUUGACUGCUGCAAAAUACCUCUCAACUUUAAAGAUAGAUUUGCUAAUAAUUGUAUAUGAAUUUUGUAUUGGAAAACAGUGUAAGCAGUGUUGAGUAUGUACAGUAUAACUAAUAUAUUUUUUAGUUUUUCUUGCUAUUACAGUGUAUAUCAUGCUGCAAGUGAAACACCGUGGAGAGAAUUAUGUCAAGUAGUGUAACUAAAUGCACUCUGCACUCAUGGUCAGAUCUCUCUUGCAUAAAGCUUUUGGUAACAAUAGGGUAUCCAGUGUAGCCCUUAUUUGUCCAUUUUCUUAUUAUUUAUAAUCAUAUCAAAAAUCAUUUUAAUAAUUGCAUUUGAGAUUAUAUAUAUAUAUAUAUAUAUAUAUAUAUAUAUAUAUAUAUAUAUAUAUAUAUAUAUAUAUAUAUAUAUGAUAAAACAGCUGAUUUUGUGGAUGAUGUACAAAUGAAGUACAACUGAAAAAGAAGUUAAUCAUACUACAGAACAGUAUUGUGUGUACAUUUUCUUGAGUCUAUGAGCCAUGUAUGAUAAAUUAUACUUGAAAAUUUUAAAAGUUGGUGUGAACAAUC